AUGACAUACAGUCUCCAGAAAAGUGCAAAUUCCAUAUUGGAAGAGACUGGUGAAAUUCGAGAGGGUAUAAGGCUUCUCACCGAAGACGCUGUGCUCAAGGAGGUGCCCAAAGUCGACUACGUCGCGUUCAAUACUGAUAAUAUGAAGAGAAACCCCCCUUCAUACUGCCACGGAGAUACUAGAAAAGAGAUUCUUAGUACAAUUCGGCAAUGGGGAGAGGGCGGUGAUGAUAAGUGCAUAUUUUGGCUUAGGGGCAUGGCAGGCACCGGCAAGUCUACCAUUGCUCGCACUGUGGCUAGAAUGUUUGAUCACGAGCGACGGCUUGGUGCUAGCUUUUUCUUCGUGAGAGGCUAUGCAGGCCGAGCAGAGCCGAGCAAGUUAUUCCCAACUAUUGCCUAUCAGUUGGUUCGUGCGCUUCCCGGCUUUCGCUAG